UCGUUCCAUUUUGAAGCUGGCUGCAACUGUUUUUGCCAGUGCAAUAAGGCAAACUCUUUUCUUCGAUUUUGAAAAUGCAUAAAGGAUACACAGAUUUUGGCCUUAUUUAAUUAGAAGUUGGAUAUCAUUAAUAGCGAAUACCAGAACUCUAGUUCUACGAAGGUUAUGAUUAGCAUUGUUGGCCAUGUUGGGUUUAACUCCCAACACAUUGGUGAACUAGCGCGAUUUAGCCAGUUCACGUUAGCUGCUGCUAGCUAGCUGAAUUAGUAACCUUACAUCUAUUGCACAUAAUAAACGUCUUUAAAAUAAAUUGUAGACAAAUCAGAUGAUACUUGGGUUGCCUGUGGAUUCGGCUAAUGAAGUUUAUUGGCAAUUUUGGGGAAAGCAUAAAUCACUGGAUACAUGCUGGACGUUACCGAGAACAAGUUUUACUUGGUUCUUUUUAUUUGGUGAAUGCCAUUUAUUUCUCCCCUUUUUUUCUUUCUAAAAAACCCGUGCAAGGCAAACCCGUGCAACUUGAUAUAGUUUUUUUUAUAUAUAUAUAUUACCGUCCAUUGGCCUGCCGGUCUUCUGAUAUAUUUAGCCCUAUUAUCCUCAUGGAUCUAAAUUUUUACUCCGAUCUCUCUGACGGGACUGGCCAACAUGUUGAUUCCGAGUUCACGGACAGCUCGUCUUACAAUGCAUAUGAAUCUGUGAACAAGUUUGCAGGUGGCAAUGAUUCAUACCUGACCAUCAGUGGGCCUGGUCAUCAUUUUCUUUCAUCUGAGCAAACAUUCCAUACACCUAGUCUGGGUGAUGAAGAGUUUGAAAUCCCACCCAUCUCUUUGGAUCCAGAUUCAGCCCUCACCAUAGAAGAUGUUGAGGCCCAUUUUGGAGAGCUGGCCGAACAGGCUGGGAGCUCAAGGGGACCUGGAGUUGGAAAUAGUCUUGCCAGUAAUGUUGUGGUGGGGGGAAACGAUCCCUCUUUUGCCUCCACUUUCAUGAAUCCAUCAUCUCAGGGCAUAGAGCACCUGAGUUUGGGUGUCAUUAACCAAGUGGGGGGAAGUGCGCUGUUGAGCUCAACUCUGGGUGUGGAUCUCGGCCAUUCUGUUGGCUCUCAUUUCAAUAGUUCCACUUCCAUGACUAUUGAUGUUCCAAUAAAUGACAUGAACCACAGUCUCUUAGGACACAAUCAGCUCACCACCAUAGACCAUUCAGAUCUAAGUGCUCAAUUAGGGCUCAGCCUCGGUGGUGGAGCCAGUGUGUCAAAGUCACCUGACCAACCUCUGUCAGCCACACCAUCCCCUGCUGGUUCAUUGCAAGAUGAAGACAUGGAAGACUUCAGACAAAAAACUAUGCUGGUAGACUCUUUCUCAGCCUCUCCUGCGAUCAUAUCACACCUCCCCAAUUUGACGGGAUCCGCCCAGCUCUCCUCUGCUCCUCCAGCUGUGUUGAGGAGGGUGGGUGCUAAGCCAGCCAUGGUGGCGGGGACCACAGCAGACAUUGGGGUGGCGAUUGGAGCCAAGAAAGGGAAGAAGAAAAAAGAUCCCAAUGAACCACAGAAACCAGUGUCAGCCUAUGCUCUGUUCUUCAGAGAUACCCAGGCAGCCAUUAAAGGCCAGAACCCCAAUGCCACGUUUGGAGAGGUGUCGAAGAUUGUGGCCUCCAUGUGGGACAGCCUUGGGGAUGAGCAAAAACAGGUUUACAAAAGGAAAACAGAGGCAGCUAAGAAAGAGUAUCUUAAAGCGUUGGCAUCCUACAGGGCAAACCAGCUUUCAAAACCUUCUCCUGAGGUGGAGGAUACUGCUCCUUCCACUCCUCCAUCUGCCCCCAGUCCUGCUCCUGCUGCCCGCCCUGCACGGCUUGCCCCCAACCCUGAUCAGAACACCAUUACCAACAUCUGCACGUCCAAUAUUAUCCUCGACCUGCCUCAAGUCACCACCCGUUCCCGCACAGGGUCUUUACCCAUGGCCAUUGGCCAACCCCCCACCCCUAACCCCAGCCCAGCUCCCACUGUCACGAAAAUCAUCAUCUCCAAACAGAUGCUGCAGGGAGGUGCUCAGCUCCAUCAGAUCCCUACUUCCAUGGUGACAGUGAUCCCUGCUGGAAUCCGAGCUCUGCAGCCGUCUGCUGGUGCUGCAACGUCUGCUGGACGGCAGCCUCCACCGCUGCUGCAGAUGCAGGGCACCCCUCCCCCUCCACGUCUGCAGCAGAUGGUACAAACUCAAGCCCCGCCCCCUCUUCAGGCCAAGCCCCGUGGAGGGGCAGGAAGUUCCGUGGCUGUCACGGCUACGCCUCCUCCGCCUCUCCAGAUAAAGAUUGUGCCCGCUUCUUUACACUCUGACUUGUCCACACCAAUUAUUGUUACUACAGCAACAAGUGCCAACUCUGUUAUCUCAUCAUCCACCAUCUCUGCCCCAGGGCAUCCCACCCCUGUUGAAGUGCAGGUGGAAAAACCCAGAGAGCAAUUUGUGACCGACAAGAAUGAGGCUGUGAUGGAGGAACUUGCCUCAGAAGAGAUGGAGAUGGAGGUAAGUGUUGCUCCUGUGGUCUCUUCUGCUCCUUCUAAUCUCUGCGUCCGUGCAGGAUGCACAAACCUGGCUGUGGAGAGUCGAGACUGGGAUAAGGAAUAUUGCAGCAAUGAGUGUGUGGCCACACACUGCAGGGAUAUUUUUAUGGCCUGGUGUUCAAUCAAGAGCCAGAACUCAACCACUGUCAAAUAAUUAAAUCCUCCUGGUUCUCGGUCUGGAUGUGUCUUUUAUUAAAGGAAUAGUACACACACACACACAAAUGUCAUCAACUGCUUACUCAUGUUUUUCCAAAGCUAAAUGAUUGACUCUUACAUGGAACACAAAAGAAGAUAAUAGCUAAAUGUUAGCCUCUGUCACCAUUCACUUUCAUUGUACAGAAAAAAAUAAUAAAGAGAAUGGCGACUGCUAAAGUGAAUGGUGGAGAUAUACUAAACAUCUUUUGUAUUUCAUGGCUUUGGAACAACAUGAAGGUGAUAAGUGAUGACAGAAUUUUCAUUUUUGGGUGAAGUGUCCCAUUAACAACAUAGUUUGACUGGAUUUAUAAGUCAAGAUUAGGUGUUUUGUAAUGAAUAUCUAAAGCAAGAUAAGAAGCUAAUCAACAGUGAAAAAUCAAAGAAUAUAACUUAUUGUUGUAAUUGGACAGAAACUGUUUUUGUUACAGCAGAUGAAUUAGUAAUCCAAGGCUUGUUUUGGUUAAAGGUAUGGUGGCAUACUUUGCAAACCUCAUCAGAGUAUGACAUGCAGUGACCAUUGUUUUUUGUAUAUUAUUUUGAACCUUGUAUUUUUCACUACAGUGGAUUAUUUGUCAUCAUGUAUGUUACUGGUAUUUGUGUUAAAUUGAGAGAAAUCUGGAGUGUUGUAACAUUUUCAAAUGCAAUAAUUUGGAUUAUUAUGAUACAGAUUUGAGAUGUAGAGAAAUAGUGAACCUCAAACUGUUUUAUUAUAUUUUGUAUGUUAAGUAUUAUUUCUCAUGUCAUUUUGAGAGUGUCUUAGAUCACUGUGCAGAAGUGCUCUCAUGUAGAAUCUUUUUGCCUUAGUUUGGGGGGGACAAAUGUUUUGCUGAGUUUUUUUUUUAUUUUUAUGGUGUUAUAAAAUUACUCAAGUACUAAUAAAGGGCAGCCAAAGUGGAUUAAGUUUCAUUAGUUAUUAUGCUGACAUCCGUUUUAAAGAAACACUGUUAAUGCACUAUCAAUACUUAGGUUAGUCAGUAGUGGCACCUUGUAAUGUAUAGUGAUUGAUAUUGGGGUGGAUACAUCUUUUUCAGGGCCCCUGACUUUAGAGUAAUUGUUUCUGGUGCAAGAUUCUAUUAAUUCUAAAUGCAAAAAAAAUUGUUAA